AUGUCCAUACGUGUGCUGAACGUCGCCGAAAAACCCAGCGUCGCUAAGGAGGUGUCCCGAAUCCUGAGCAAUGGAUCCGCAAGGUCAUCUCGGGGACCGGCUCGCUUCAACCCCAUUUGGGAGUUCAACUACAGUAAUGUGGAGGGGCACCCCGCAGUCAUGGUGUUCACGUCCGUCGCGGGACAUCUGAUGGAAGUCGAGUUUCCGGACGGGUACCGCAAAUGGCACGGCUGCAGCGAUGUAGACCUAUACAGCUGCCCGGUGGACAAGAGGGUGCCGCAGGACCGUACGGAUCUAAAGCGGCAGUUGGAGCAGUUGUCACGGCAGUGUCAGUGGCUGGUGUUGUGGCUGGAUUGCGACAGGGAGGGGGAGAACAUCAGCUUCGAGGUCAUGGCGGUGUGUCGCGCGGCGAAUCCUCGGCUGGUGAUUCGCCGCGCUCGCUUCUCCGCCCUCAUCCCGCGGGAGCUACAACGCGCUAUGGCCACGUUAGGACAGCCCAAUGCCAAUGACGCGGCGGCGGUGGACGCGCGACAGGAGAUUGACUUGCGGAUUGGGGCCAGCUUUACACGCUUCCAGACGAAACAGCUGCGGGACCGUUUUGACUUGUCCGGCAUCGCUGCCGUACGAGAACGUAUUCAGCAGGACGGCCGAGCUCCAGUCCUCAGCUACGGCCCGUGUCAGUUUCCCACGCUGGGUAUUAUCGUACAGCGGGCGUGGGAGGUGCAAAACCACGUCAGGGAGCAGUUUUGGACCAUCCAUGUGGCUUAUCGAGAGGCCCCAACAGCAGGAGGGGGCAGUUGCGUGUUUGAGUGGGCCAGGGGGAGACUAUUCGAUGAGGCAGUGGCGGAGAUGUACUACGAGAUCUGCGAGGAGGCCGGUACGGCAGUGGUGGUGUCUGUACGGGGUACUACACGAACCCGGCAGGCUCCCGCUCCUUUGAGCACGUUGGAAAUGCAGAAACGCGCUACGGCAAAGCUACGGAUGUCCGGUGAGCGCAUCAUGAAGUUGGCCGAGGAGCUUUACCAGGCUGGGUUCAUCAGCUACCCCCGUACGGAGACGGACGUGUUUGACCCGGGCAUGGACUUGCAGGGUAUCGUAACAGAGCACACGGGGGACCCCCGCUGGGGCCGCCACGCGCAACGUAUCCUCAGCGGGGAGCUGUGGAGACAACCGCGACCCGGGGGUCACGACGAUAAGGCCCAUCCGCCCAUACACCCCACACGGCACAGCCUGGGCGAGCACGACUGGAGCCAUGACAAGCGUCAGCUGUAUGAGUUUGUUGUACGGCACUUUCUGGCGUGCUGCUCCAAGGACGCGGUUGGCUCCGAAACCCAGGUGGAGAUUGACAUUGGGGGCGAGCGUUUCCGUACGACGGGCCUUAUGGUCCUGGAGCGCAACUGGCUUGACGUGUAUCCGUACAGCGGUUGGGGCGGCAACGACAACCUGCCGAAGCUAACGGUUGGACAGAGCUUCGUUCCUUCGGAGAUGCGAUUAAGAACGGGCUCCACAGAGCCGCCGCCGCGUCUGUCGGAGCGCGACCUGAUCGCCAAGAUGGAGGCAUACGGCAUUGGUACGGAUGCAACGGUGGCCGAGCACAUUCAGAAGCAGUUGGAGAGGGGAUAUGCUGAGAAGGACGAAGGGGCGCUGACGUUCUGGCCGACCCCCCUAGGUGAGGCGCUAAUUAGCGGCUACUGCCGUAUGGGACUCGACGACUUAUGGAAGCCCGAUCUGCGCGGUAAGAUCGAGGCCAGCAUUAGAGAUGUGGCGGCGGGGAGAGUGAGCAAGGAUCAGGUCCUCCAGGAGGCCAUUCAGUUCUUCCGGGCGGAUUUCCUGACGGCGCAACAGCGGGCGGGGAUGCUGGCAGCGGAGAUGGCCCGGUUCCUUCCUACGGCAGGCGGCGGUGGUGGUGGCGGCGGCGGCGGCGGCGGGCCGCCGCCCGUCGGUCCUCUGCUGGGCACGUGUCAGAGCUGCGGCGGCUCCUCCCUAGUACUGACCCGUGGUUCGGAGGGACGCUACGUGGCGGUGUGCUCCAGUACCUCCGUGUGCGGGUACAGGCUGGCGCUGCCGCGCGCCGUGGCGGAUGCCUCCGUAUCCUCCCAGCCCUGCGGCCGCUGCGCGCUCAGCGGUGGCGGCGGACCCCUCAUGCGAGCUGACCUCAGAUUUCGCAUGGGGCAAAUGCCGCCAGGCAUCCUGCAGGUGCACUAUGAUAAUGGCGGUGGUGGUGGGGAUGAUGACGGUGGCGGCAGCCAUGACGGCGGCGGCGGCGGAAAUGGUGGCCGGGGACGACGGGGACGUCGUACGGCCUCCGCGUCGCGCGCGGCUGGCCGCGGUGACGGCGCAAAGUCACGAUCCAGGUCCGAGCCAGCUGCCGCCCGAGCCCGUGGGACGCGAGCUAAUGCCGACCGCAGCGGCGGCGGCGGCGCCGCUGCCUCCGCCGCCGCCGCUACGUCCGCUGAGGCACCGCUGUGUCCACGUCAUAACCUGCCGUGCCGUCGCGCUGUGUCUAGGAGUACUGCCAAUCCGAACCGGCCGUUCUUCACAUGUGGACACUCGGAGCGCGCGGAGCAGGACUCGUGUGGGUGUUUCCUGUGGGAAGACCAGUGGGACGGGUGUCGAGUAGCGCCGAUGCGCAACAGCGGUGGCGGCCGGGGUGGCGGCGGCGGCGGAGGAGGAGGAGGAGGGGGGGCGGUCUUUGCAUCCGCCAUUGGCGGGAUGCACGGAGGCGUUGGCAGUGGUGGCGGCGGUGGAUCAGGCGUUUGUUACCGAUGCCAGCAGCCGGGGCAUUUUGCGCGCGACUGCCCCAAUGCAUGAGAGUCGGGGAAGACUUGACUGGGAGAGGAGGGAGGUGAAGACAUUCGAAAGUUGCAAUGGACCAGAGGGAGGAUUGCGCGGGGGUUGUAAUGCACCUGGCAACGUGCGCGCCCGUGUAUGAUGAAAUGGAAAGAAAGGGUUGCGUUUGGGGUUACGGACGUAUAUGCACAAAUGAGAGCAGUCUGCCUUGACGCGAUGAAGUGGAGGCCAUUGUUCCUCCUGCGUACAGUCAACUCCUGUACUCGCAUGGACCG